UUCUCUCCUCUUAUCCAAAUUUCUUGCCUCUGCGUGUUGACGUGUUGACAGGCUGAGACUGAGCUUACCCAGUUGCCUUCCAAGUUCCAACUCUCUACCCUCUAGUCUCUAGUGUCUGGCCUUCUAUACUCUUGCAUCGUUCAUCUCCUUCUUCUUUCCCGACUUAACCAACAAUUUUUUUUUUUUCACUGAAGAGUGCUCUUUUAGCGAAGUUCCAUAGUUAUCUCCUUCCGAUUCUCCAGCUUUAAUGGCGAUGCCGUUCUCGUCCGCUGCUUCUGUACGGUCUCUCUAUCAGACUAAAUCACACACUACCAAUGCAUCCCUAACUCUUCAAGGUUCUUACUGCAGAGAAACCAGUUGCAAGAAAUGUCUUUCCACAUGCACAAACGUGGCUUCAUGGAGCUCAGCUGCAAAUUACGUAAGCCUUCAAGUUGGCACCAGGAAAUUUUCUGGCAAGCCCAUUGUUGUAAAACUAUCGGAACAGAAGAGAGCAGGAGUUUUGAGGUGUGCCACCAUUGAAGAAAUUGAAGCUGAGAAAUCUUUGAUUGAGAAGGAUGUUAAACAAAGGAUGGAAAAGACUAUUGAAACAGUUAGAGGAAAUUUUAAUGCAGUAAGGACUGGAAGAGCAAACCCAGCCAUGCUUGAUAGAGUUGAGGUUGAGUACUAUGGAACUCCUGUCAGCUUGAAGAGCAUUGCACAAAUAAGUACUCCAGAUGCAAGUUCUCUUCUGAUUCAGCCAUAUGAUAAAUCGAGCUUAAAAGUUAUUGAGAAGGCCAUUGUCAAUUCCGAUCUUGGUUUAACUCCAAACAAUGAUGGAGAAGUGAUACGUCUUUCCGUUCCACAAUUGACAUCUGAUAGGAGGAAGGAGUUAUUGAAAAUUGUGGCUAAACAAGCUGAGGAAGGGAAGGUGGCAUUAAGGAAUAUAAGAAGAGAUGCCAUAAAAUCCUAUGAGAAACUUGAGAAGGAGAAAAAGCUUUCUGAAGACAAUGUUAAAGAUUUAUCAAGUGAUUUGCAGAAAGUCACAGAUGAGUAUAUGAAGAAGAUUGAUUCUGUGUACAAACAAAAGGAGAAGGAGUUGCUGACCGUCUGAAAUCUUCAUGGGCAUAAGUGUAAAUCCCUGGAAUCACCCUUUUGAGCUUUGACUUUUGAGUCUUUUGACUAUCAUUUAGCAUCAGUCCAUUCUUUUCUCAUUGCUUUUAUUGGAUGGAUGCACUUUAAACUCAUCAAAUUUUGUAAGAAAGCAAAGGUGGUUCAUUGUCAGUUGUAUUAAAACAAAGUAGAAAUUUUUGAUGAAGAGUAGAAUAUUUUCUCCU